AUGUGUUCUAAAGACACGACACAAGAGUUAACUGAAAUUAUAUCUAAUCAAAACAAACAAAUAUGCAAGUUAAAUAAAAAAUUAGAAGAGUUCGACGCAGUUAUUUCAGAGAGAGAUGGUUUAAAAAAAUUAUGCAAACAAUUUGAACAAAGUAAAGAAGACAAUUAUAAUGGCCAUAAGAAAGCGUUGAAUGAACUGUUAGCUAUGUGUGAUAGUCAAGCAGAAAAGAUUAAAAAAAAUGCAGAUAUGGAAUACAAAUGGGAAUGCAAAUACGGGAAAUUGGAAGAAACUAUUAACUGUUUAAAUCGUCAAUUGAAAACUGCUAAAUGUAAUGAAAAUAAUCUUCAAUCACAACUAACAGAAACCGAUACAACUUUAAAAUGUACCCAGAAGGAAUUAUGUAUAGUUAAAUCAGAAUUGGAAGAAAAAAAUCACAUGGUUAAUAAAUUAAAGACAAAUUUAAAAUGUAACGAAAAGGAACUCUGUAAAGUUCGCAUAGAACUUGAAGAGUGCAAAAAUGAAUGUAAUAAAUUAAAUGAAACAAAUAAGAUGUUGACUAUAGAUUUGCAAUGCACAAAAAAAUGUCUGUAUGAUACAAGAUUAUCUGCUACUCGUAUAGAGGAAAGGUUCAGGCAAGAACGAGAACAUUUAUCAAACGAGUUGAAAAUAAGCUGCAAAAAGUUUAACGACUUAGAGAUACAAUAUGAUGAAGCAAUGUGUAAAUUAAACGAAGAAAAAUGUAAAUCCAAAAAGUUUGCUUUAAAAUUAAUAGAAGUGAAUAAAGCGACUGUAAAAAAUUACUUAGAAAUGAAAAACCGGAUUCAGAAAUUACAAGAAGAAAUUUGUGCAAAGAACAAGGAUGUAUGUUGUUUGAAGGAAAAAAUUAUGCAGUUGCAGAAAGAAAAUGAAUGUAAAUGUCUGGAAAUAAGUGCAUUGAAAAAUAAACUUUACGAAAGAGAAUGCCAACUAAAGCAAAUGUGUUUAUUAUCAGAAAAAAUUGAGCAAAUUAAAUGCAAAGUCGAAGCUUGUUGUUGUCCCAAGAAAUGUGGAACCAACCCUUGUUGUUGCCCAAAAAAGAAAUGCGAAACUGAUCCUUGUUGUCCAACAAAGAAAUGUGGAACUAACCCUUGUUGUUGCCCAAAAAAGAAAUGCGAAACCGAUCCUUGUUGUCCAACAAAGAAAUGUGGAACUAACCCUUGUUGUUGCCCAAAAAAGAAAUGCGAAACUGAUCUUUGUUGUCCACCAAAGAAAUCCGAAACUAAUCCUUGUUGUCCAAUAAAGAAAUGCGAAACUAACCCUUGUUGUCCAACAAAAAAAUGCGAAAGUUCUUGUUGUAAACUAUCAAAUUCCAUGACAGAUAUGAAAUUUGCAUGUGGUUUAUCUAACAACACAAGAGCUAUUAUCCAAAAAUAUGCCAAACAGUCGUGUGGUUCUAGUAACGACGUAUAUAAAAUGGAAUUAAAAAAAUUGAAGUGUGAUCUAGAUGACUUACAACAGAGUAUUGGGUAUGUCUCUUAA